GAUUAUUUUCCCAUCCAAUCUCCAAUCAAUGAAAUUGCUUUCAACUUUUGGGAAAACUAUCAAAAUUUGAUUUUCUUAGCAAAAACUUGAAAUCGAAACUUAACCAUGCUGGAGCAUCGCAGAAGAUUUUAUUCAAGAUUGGAACCUAUAGCAGCCAUACCAUCAACGAGAACCACAACGACACGGAGGACUCGUCGCCUUUGUCUUAAUAUCGAGACCAAUGGUGCCGGUCCAGUAAGAUCGCGAAGGAGACGAAAAACUGCAUUGCCUGAUCCAUACUUUAUGACCUAUCCACCAGUUUAUGAGGCAAAUCCUUGGAUCUGCGGUGAUUGGGGAUCGAAUGAACAUUUUUAUAGCUGUGGAAAUUUUGUAAAUCCAGUAAACCGUCUAUAUGCUGGCGAGGAAUACGGGUAUGCUCCUGUUAAUGAAUUCAUUCCACCAGAAGAAGAGCCCCCUCAGGAAUGGUAUGCCAACAAUUCAGGUCAGAAAGCUGCCUGUGAUCUUAAGAAUGUUUUAAUGACUCUAGAGAGUUAUUUGCAAGAGGAAAAUAACAUGGAGCCGGAAAAUAAUGUCGAACCAGAUGCAACAGAGGUUCCAGAGGACCAGAAUCCUCAAAACAAUCAGCUCCCUGUACUACUUGAUCUCAUAUAUGAUACUAUCGGACUGUUAAAUAACUAUAUGACAGCAAAGUCGAACAAUAAUGAGUAUAUGGAUACACACGAAAUGGGGCCUCCUUCCAAACCACCGGUCCAGGUGUUGCAGUUACCUGUACAACCACUGAUAUUACCACCAGUGAUCACAAAUCCAAAUAUGUAUCCUUUGAAUUAUCCAUAUGUUAUGGAGCCGGCUCCCUGUCCGACUGAAAGUAAAACCCACUUUGAACGCCUACCCUGGCUAAAGGAAAGAAAACGGAAACGUUCUUCCAAAUCCUUUACGCAUGUACAGAGUCGGAGUUGUAGUACUGAUGACUUGGGCAGACUGCCAAGAAUAUUAAAGGCUUCAAAUUCGAUAGACAGUAGAGGUUCAAUGUUCUUCAGUCCACAAAUGAGGGACUCUAGCACCACCAUGUGGUGUCCAAUGAAAUGCUGCAAGGAAUAUGGUGGCUUAGUCAGGAUUCAGGAACAAGAAAAGGCUGUGGAAGAUUUUGAGAUUUCAUCUCCCAAUACCAUAAGGUGUCCUGUUAAAUGUGGCUUAGUCAGGAUUCAGGAACUAAAAAGCCUGUCGAAGAUUUUGAUUAUUCAGCUCAUGACCAUAAGGAGUCCCAUGGAAUGUGGCUUAGUUAGGACUCUGGAACAAGAAAAGCCUGCCGAAAAUUUUGAGGUACUAUCUCCCAUGACCACUAGGAGUCCCAUGAAAUGUGGCUUAGUUACGACUCAAGAACAAGAAAAGCCUGCCGAAGAUUUUGAGGUACCAUCUCCCAUGACCAUUCAGAGUCCCAUGAAAUGUGGCUUAGUUACGACUCAAGAACAAGAAAAGCCUGCCGAAGAUUUUGAGGUACUAUCUCCCAGGAUAAGAUAUCCAACGAAAUGUGGCUUGGUUAGGACUCCGGAACAAGAAAAGCCUGUUGAAGAUUUUAAGACUCCACCUCCCACUAUAAGAUAUCCAACGAAAUGUCACAAACGAGAAAAACCUACCGAAGAUUUUAAGAUUCCCUCUCUAAUGACAAUAAGUGAACACUUUCCGCCUUCCCCACUCAGGGCCCCACCGCCAAGUAUGAAAUCAGAAGAUGAUAUGGACAGAGAUCAUGAAAUGGACUCUUGUCAUCCGUCGAGUAAACUAAAUUAUCCAGUUGUCGCCUUUCCGCAAACAUCUACUUACAGUACGAGUUGUGAAUAUCAUCGCCAUACCGGAGGCAAUCUCUUGUACUCCUACGUCGAAGAGGAAAAAGAGGAGGAACUCCAGUUAGAGGCCGAGGAGGAGCAUGUAGAUGAUGAUGAGUGGUAUCUAGGGGCUAGCCAUAAAUUAGCCGAAUUAGAAAUGGAGCAGGAGUUUUUUAAGGAAAUGCAGAAGCAAAGUCAAGUGAUCACGAGAGACCAACAACAGCAAACAGAUCAAAAGAUUGCCAAUUGUAAUAGCUUUGUGAAUUUUAGGGUCACCACUGAUAAGGCAGUCAGCACCACCGACAUAAGUGGAUUAACUAGUCGGGAGCCAGUAAAGAUUGUUAGGAUCUGUAAGAGGUCCUCCCUAAAGCCAAGGCAACGCCUUUCAAUUAAUAAUCCAAGGGGAAAAUCCAAAGAUAGCCAUAAAGUUAAGUUCGAGAGGGAGCAACAAACGCCGAUCGAACCCGAAAUAAUAACCAUUGGCAGAUAUCCAAUGGAUUUUGAGGAUACUGCACGGUCUAUUAAUAGGAGUAGUAUAAAACGAUUUAAUAGUUCCUCAAUUUCCAAAGAAAGACGAACUUAUCGAGAUCAGUCAUAUUAGCCUCACCCAUCAAAGUUAACAGAUUUUAAAUUAUUUGCCAUAA